CGCCAUUCCUGGUCGAGCUCCAGCAACAAGACCGACAACCACAGCGGACCAAUUUACUGGACCGUCUCGUCUUAUCAAAGAUUGAUCCUCGACUGGGACUUAGCCACCACGAAAUCCACCGAAAAUAUACACAGAAACGCAUCACAAGCCUCGACACGGACGCGUCCCGGCGGGCAACCGUCACAAUGAACCGCGCCAUCGAACAGACGCUCCUCUCACUUUUGCCAGCACAGAAUGACAACCUUCCACCCCAGCUCGUCAGCCUGGCAUCCUCCCUCCUUGCCCAGUCACGGAACCGCGCGAGUACCCUCAAGGCCGAGGAGGAGAUUGCGCGUGCGUACGCUUGUUCUCAUGUUGCGUGUGAUAGGCUAAAGAUAGCCCUCAACCUCCCGCAAAUCCAACCCCGACCGCCCAUCGCACCCCGAAUUUAUAAGCGCCUGUACAAUUACCUCGACACUAUCCUCCCCAACAACACCUCGGGCGUCGGCACCCCCCGCUCCGCAGCCCGCGUGCGCGGCGCCGCCGCCGCGUCGGGAACUCCGGCCUCGCAACAAGCCCGGACGCCCUCGCGCGGCGCCGGCCGUUUCCGCGACCUCGCCGUCUCUCCCUCGUCCACUGGGCGUGUCCCCGGCUCCCAGCGACCCACACCGUCCCAGGCCGAGUCGCUCGCCCGCUUCCGCUCCUCCCCGACCAAGACGCUCUGGCGCCGUGGCGCCCACGCCCACCACGGCACCAGCAAGCAGCCGCCGUGGCUGCGGACCGUGGCACGCCACCUGUGCACCGCCAUGGGUGUGGCGCACCUCGCGCCCUUUGUGUUUGCCGGUCUCGACCACGUGCUCCUCCCCCCCGGCGGCGGGCCGCCCGACACCUGGGCCGUCGAGAACCCGGCGGGCCUACUGGCGGCGCUGGUCUUCUUUUGCAUGCGCGCUCUAGCACGGGCCAACGCCGCUGUUGUGGGGGAUGAUGGCGCGGGCGGCGAGGACGAGGAGCUGGACGGGGAGCAGUACAAGGCCUUGGAAAAGUCGCUGUUGAAAGUCUGGAACAGCGCGAGGGAGGAGUUGCCGCCGGGAAAGGAGGCGGCGGAACUCGCACAGGCGCCGGGGGCCGCAGAUGCAGAAAACGCCGACGCGGCUGGCGGAGGGGCCGACGACCACAUGUGGAAGGGCUGGCGAACGCUGAAACCCAAGGACCUGAAGGAGGCUCUAGUGGUGGUCACGGACAAGAACUGGCUGGACAGCGACUGGUUCCGGGGCAUCCAAGACCUGAGCCACGAGGGCCGAGGGGCGGACGGGGACGGCGGCGAGCACGAGCAAGGUGGCCCGGUUGCGCAACUCUGGCGGGCGGAUACGAUGCUGCAGGAGCGGUGGGAGCCCAGCGAAAGGAGGCGGAGGGACUAUGCCGUCUGGAAGGCAGAAGUUUUGCAGCACAUUGGGGAUCUCGAGCGGAAAGGUGCCGUUCUCAUGGACGUCUGCCCAUGAUUUUCCGACGCCCACCUACUUUUACGACCGGAUUUUAUUGGACAUAUACCACUUGACACCAACCAGGUCAGGUCCCUUCAGUUUACUUAUAGGCCCACCGUCUUGAACUCCUUGACGGUAUCAAUCAUACACUGUUCGAGUGUUCUGUACUGGACACCCAGGAUCCUGUUGGUCUCCGAGUUGUCGAACUUGUACCUCGUGUCCUCGGGCGCGAU